UUAGUGAUUUUUUUUUUUUAAUUAAAAAAAAAAACCACAAAAAAACGCAGAGCUCCUUAAAUGGAGAUCUUAUUUAAAUCAGAGCAGUGGCUGACUCAUUAAAGGCUUCUCUGUCUCCUUUUCGUUCCUCUGCCUCAUUCCCUUUCCCUAUCUUUCUCUACCUCCUGUUACAGUAAUGGUGUGAUAAAACGGAUCUUUGUCUGUGCUCCAUGUUGGGAUCAUGCAGGGGGUGCAUAUUUGGAGGGGGCGGAAGACAGGAGACGGGGAGCCCUGUCACGACAGCCACCUUGUGCUAGCUAAAAAUGUACAAUGCAUCCCAUUAUAGGAGACCGUCCUCCUUUGUUUGAACAGUCUGCAAGGGAGACCGAGUCCCAGAACAGCCUCCCCCCUCCCAUCCCUUUACGUCCGCUUUAGGAUCUGUUCCCCUCCAGGCAAGCUGGAUGCUGCAGGAUUCCCCUGCCCCCCUAAAAGAAAUAAUAAUAAAAAAAAAAAAAAAAAAAAAAAAGGAAAAAACCGGCUUUUUCUAUGCAUACUGGAAGGCUCCCCUUUUAUCUGUCUGACUUCUCUCAGGAGCUACCACUAUUCUCCUGUCCUCUUCCCUUGCUUUGAGGAUUGCAUCUCCCUUUUCUUUCAGGCCAAGUGUCCUUGCUGUUGGCUCCUCGGUUUGGUGUUACUCUUGCAAACUUGCAUGAGCUGUCUGAAGGGGAUCGCUCUCUUCUCUGUCCACGGCCUUGUGCUCUUCCCCUUUCUUUGCCGUUCAAAAAGCGGUGCUUGUUUAUGUGGUACCUGACUGUGCCUAUGCCUAUCCCCUAGUUUUUGCUUCCCUUCUGCUGUUUGUCAUAGGACUUUGUUUUAGCGCUGCAGAGACCGUGUCAGCAGCAGAGGUUUGUGUGAGAGGAAUCCUGGCCAGUCACUUUUCCAGGAGAAUCUCCCCUGGGAACUGAAAGAUGGAUCUGCGGCUCACUUUCCCUGAUGGUAACCAGGAGCCAGCAGCAACUCCUGAUGCAAUGGUGCAGCCAUUCACCACAAUCCCAUUUCCGCCACCCCCACAGAACGGGAUUCCCACAGAGUAUGGGGUGCCACACACUCAGGACUAUGCAGGCCAGACCAGCGAGCACAAUCUGACGCUCUACGGAAGCACGCAGCCGCAUGGAGAGCAGAGCACGAACACGGCCAGCACGCAGAAUGGAUCUCUUGCACAGACAGAAGGAGGGGCACAGACAGAUGGACAGCAAUCACAGACACAGAGCAGUGAGAAUACCGAGAGCAAAUCCACUCCAAAACGACUUCAUGUGUCUAACAUUCCCUUCCGCUUUCGAGAUCCUGAUCUUCGGCAGAUGUUUGGGCAAUUCGGCAAAAUCCUUGAUGUAGAGAUAAUCUUUAAUGAGCGUGGCUCGAAGGGAUUCGGGUUCGUAACUUUCGAGAAUAGUGCUGAUGCAGACAGGGCCAGGGAGAAAUUACACGGCACCGUGGUAGAGGGCCGUAAAAUCGAGGUUAACAACGCCACUGCGCGAGUGAUGACCAAUAAGAAGAUGGUCACACCUUACGCAAAUGGUUGGAAGUUGAGUCCUGUGGUUGGAGCGGUGUACGGCCCUGAGUUAUAUGCAGCGUCCAGCUUUCAAGCAGAUGUCUCGCUGGGCAAUGACGCCGCAGUGCCCCUGUCAGGAAGGGGGGGUAUUAACACUUACAUUCCUUUAAUCAUUCCAGGCUUCCCCUAUCCAACUGCAGCCACCACAGCAGCCGCGUUUCGGGGAGCCCACCUGAGGGGCCGAGGAAGGACAGUGUAUGGGGCAGUCCGGGCGGUACCUCCCACAGCCAUCCCUGCCUACCCAGGUGUGGUUUACCAGGACGGAUUUUACGGUGCUGACCUCUAUUUGACUGAAGAAAUGUUAACAUCCCGCUCUAAAUCUCUCAGUGGAGUCUCUGUUCCCUUCUCUGAUAUAACAGAUGGGGUGGAUACGCAGCCUACAGAUAUGCACAGCCUGCUACUGCAACAGCAGCCACAGCUGCUGCAGCCGCUGCAGCAGCUUACAGCGAUGGUUAUGGCAGGGUGUACACAGCAGAUCCUUACCAUGCCCUUGCCCCUGCCGCUAGCUACGGAGUUGGCGCUGUGGCGAGUUUAUACCGAGGUGGCUACAGCCGAUUUGCCCCCUACUGAAGUGACGUGAGCCCCCUGCAAGUGGGACAGCCCCCCCAGUUCAUGAGGCCUGGCUAUUGCAAUAUUUACUAGUAGAGGAACUCUAUAGCAAGACGAGGAGGAAAAACAAAAAAAAAAACAAAAGAGAAAAUACUUUUUUAUACCUCACUAUGUUCUUUGAAUAUGUAUUUUUUUUCCUUUAAAUUUCUGCCUUUAAUUCUUUUGUUCCAAAGAUUGUGCAUUUUUUUUUUUGUUUUUUUGUUUUUGUUUUUGGGGUUUUUUUAACUGUGGUAAAAAUAAUGCAUUUCCGUGUCUGUAUGUUGGUGCAUAGCUUAUCCUACCAAUCACGGAAAAGGCGAUUAGCGAUAAGGAAAGCUGUUAGAAACUGGUAUCAUGCAAUUAAUCAGGAACACGCAGACAGAGUUACUUCCCUGGGUCUGGUGCUUGGUGCCUGUGAGACAGGAGGACGUGAGGGAGAAGUCUCCACCUGCCGUGUUUCUGGUCUGCAGAAGGAAGCACUCUUUGGCUGUGGCUGGGACCUAAAUGCUGGUGGGAAAUAGUCAUUUACAUUUGGAAAUGGGGGAAAUGCAGAGACUUUCCUCGUUUUUAUCACCAUCUGACGCGCACAGGUUGGGACAGUUUCAGCAGUGUCAGGAUUUUAGACUUGGCAAGAGAAGAUUUCCUCAACCUGCCCAAAGACUUUGGCUGUUAUCUGCUGUAUAGGGGACAAGACUUUGAAAGGAGUUUUUGAUGAGGAUGAUCCUUCCCCCCUACACACAACUUACUCUAGCUGAUUGUUGUCCAUUGCUGGUGGCUGUAAUUAUAUUAGUUUUCCUUCCUCCUUUUCAAGAUCUUUCUCCCUUGCUGUCCCUUUCCUCCCCUUCUUUCCUCGAGGAGUGGCAGAUGCAAUGCAGCAUCACACAGAGUACCUCUGUUGCGGACAGCAAGCGGCUAAACUUGCGGAGGUGAAGCGCACGCAGGCUGGCAGAGGAAGAAAGCUAGCAGAAGAACCCUGCAUCCGUGCCGUGCUCGGGCGCUCCGAGGUCCAGCGUGCGAGGUCUCUCCUCCUGUUCGUCCUGAGCUGCUUAGGCGCUUCUCCAAGUAACCUGUUUCAAAUAACAUGAGUGAGGAAAAACAAGUCGUGUAUAAGCUGCUUGAGGCAAGGGGCAGGCAUGUGGGUUUGUGUGGGGGAAGAGGGUCUUUGAUAUCUAAACGUGAUCCUGAAGUAGUUUUGUUUCUGUCAGGAGUUUAAGGGCAGGCAGAAGCAGUUUGUGCAAGCUCUGAAUUCAUAGGAACUUCCCACCACAAGCUAUUUCAGGCCCUUACGUAGUUGUGCUGGAGCCCCUGGGUCUGUUUUGCCCAGCCUCUUAUAGAAAGUUGUGCACCUGGUCCACUGAGUCCAUAUAGACACUACAUAUUAGAAGAUCUGGAAGCAGAGAGACUAGUUAGGGGAGGGCUCCACGACUCCCAAGACCAUCUCCCUUCCGCUCUCAUGUACAGUGAUUUCACUGUGUUUCAAAUUUAGCAUUUUUAGAUGACUGCGUGAGCUGUGCCGUGAUGGGGAGUUGCUCUUCUCCAGACCUCCCCUGCUCAGCUGCUGGCUCCAAGAGUGCUCCCAGUAACCCCAGUGAUCAGAGGCAGGGUCUCUAACCACAUGGUAGAGAAAUGCAGAAGCGAGGUUUUACGAGGCUGCCUCGACUCCCUCGAUCGGUACUGGGGUGAGCUCACCACCCCCAGAAGGGCUGCUCGGAGCGUGGGUUUGUUGGUGGAGCCUCUCCAACUCCUGUCGUACACCUGCUUCUCCAUCCACCGCUGAUACCAGAAUAGGAAACCUCCUGCAUUUAACACUAAGCAAUGUCAACAAGCAGAGGUCCCGGGGAGGUGUCCUGGCCCAGCCACGCACAACCACGCUUUUUUUUUUUUUCUCUUCCCCAGGGAUACAUGUAGUCUGUCUGUGUGCAGCAGAGAGGAGGCACCUCAAAUGGGAAGGAUGGGGAAGCCAUUAGUUAAGCUAGAGACCCUGAAGCUAUUGAUUCUCUGGAGGAAUAGCUAGAUAAAGGGGACACCAAACUGCCAGCCUGUUGGCCACCUGUUUUUUUUUUUUUCUUUCUGGUUUUGUUGUUGGUUUUUAACUUUUUUUUUUCCAAGCCAAAGUUUGGUUUGUUGCUGUUAUGACAAUUUUUUUGUUGUUUGUAUAUAAAUAUUUUAGUUAGCUUGAAAAUGGGGAGGGGGGAACAGGGUGUUGGGGCUUUCACAAAAUCUAGGAAAUGAGGGGGACUUGGGGUGUUUGGGGGGCUUUUACUGCCUGAGUUGGGGUACGGGAGGGGAGGACUUGGGGUAGAAAUAGUCAUAUUCAAGGGGAGCCAUUUCCACCGCAGGGCAGCCCAGAGGACUUCUGGAGCUGAGGUGCAGCAAAAGCUUCUACCAGACUUGCUCUACCCACCUGUGGGCAGAGGGGCUGAGUGCGGCCGUCCCUUCCCUUUGCCCGCAGGCAGUUCCCGUGCAGCGGGUCUGCAGGCUGCGAGCCGGAGGAGCGCGGCUUGCGGAGCCCGCCAGGAGCUGCUGCUCGCCCCUCUGCCCCUUUCCGACCUUUCAGUUCAGCUGGUUCUGACUGCAGCUCCUUGAAAAAGCUGGGUUCUCCUUCCCCGAGUGCCCUCCCCUGCCCUGGCAGUGCUGCCUGCAAUCCCCCCCCCCAGCCACUUGGCCCCUCUGGGAAUAGGGAGGCCAGCCCCAUUUCUGCCUCCGAGCAGAAGUCUAUGCAUGGCAGCUUCAGCCCGCCCGAGUAUAUUAGGAAUGUGAGGGGUUUAGUGCAGAAGCGCCCAACUUUUGCGGGGCCGUGGUCCCCUGCUCUACGAUCUCCGAGUAAUACCUGCUCUAGAGCAUUCAGCCCGAUUCCUCCUGUAUCCGAGUCUGGACUGCUCCGGUCGCUCCCUGCCGGGCUCCUCCAGUGCAUUAAGCAGCCGGUGUCUCCUCGACUCCGUAGUUCGUGCUGCAGGAUCCCUGCUGAGGCAGCUCGUGAGCUGCAGACGGGAUGCCGGGACUCUUGCGGGGCCGGGGGCUGGAGGUAGCUCGCUGGUUCCAGGUCUCCGGAGCGCCAGACCUCCCAAAAACUUGCACGCCAGCUGGAAUUUUGCAGCGAGGUUUCUCGAGCGAGUGUUGUGCCGUGGCGGGAGAGCUCUUCAGCCUUCCUUCCCUCUCGGCAAACAACAGCUCUGGUUUCGCUCAAACGUGUUACGAACUGGCUUGAGAUGCAUUCAGAGUAGCCACGCCGUGGCUAUAUCCAUCUUUUGAAGAAGUGAGGACAAAGCCUAUAUCUCCCUAUGCAAAAUGAAUUACACUUAAUGAAUUAAACUGGGCCCUGGCUUAUUUGACCGAUGGCAGCUAGUGCUUGUCCCCGAGACGGGUCUGCAGUCCCAGGUCCCUCGCAGAGCAGGGCUUGGCUUUCCGAGGGAAACCGCACAGGCAGCCUGGCAAAUAGCUUGCUGUUUGUCACCUUCUAGGCUGGUGGCAUCCGGGAUUCCUCUUGAUGUAGAGGAAAAGAUGUUUAAGUGUUGCUGUUUGUACUGUCUUGCAAUACGUCUGGCCAGCACGUGAUAUUAUACUGAUAAAAUUUUGGAUUGAAGAGUUGAUUUAUUUAAUGUGCUGGUCUGUCUUUCCUUAUGGGUACAGUUGUGCUGGUACAAAGAUGACUUCUACUGGUAUAGCCUAUUCUCUACUGGGAAUAAGUUAUAUUGAUGCCCAGCACGUUAAGAAACUGUUGUCGCUGUCCCUGUGCUAGGGAGGCUGCACUGUUGCAGGUGGGUUAGCUUUUCUAAGAAAAGCCAUGAUGGGACCCGGAGGCAACGGUAUGAGCCUGUUAUAGCCAGCUUUUCCCAGGUUAAGCAGUUCUGUGGAUCGUGCGUCAUGAGUUCAGAUAGACAAAGCCAUGUUUUAAAAUAGCUGUGGCUUGGCUGUUUCAGUGCCCGAGAGAGAGCGGACUUGCCCAGCGAGAAAGAGCCCAAGCUCAGGAGUCCGAGACGUGUGUUUUGGGCUGGGCUCUCUCGGUGAUCCUCGAGGGUCGGCGUGGAGCGGUCGUGUCGCUACUCUAGACUUCGCUUCCCCGUCCCUAAAGUGAAGUGAAAGUAUAUCCCCUGUUCUCACCCGUUCCGAGAUGUGUGGAUGUUGAAGGAGGAGGGUUAUCUGAAUAGCUGGCUCGAGUGCUAGUCGUGAAACGGUUCAUGAAACCGUUUCCUUGCCUGAAAAGAGACGCUGCCUGCUGGGGUUUUAAUUCCAGCACCCAGAGCUUCGGCAGCGGGGAAUACAAAGCGGAGCCUCCCAGUUCCUACCCACGUUUUUCCCCAGCCCGUCCCUAUCUGUAUCUUCCCAUCCCGGCCCUGAAGGAGGAGGCAAGCGGAGGACAGGUUUGGGGAGCGCCUAGGAAUUGAAUAAAGGGAAACCCAAACAACAGCUCUGGGGAGUGCUUUUGCUGAGUCUGGCUCCAAAGGGAAAGCACGCGGGCAGCGGGGCAGCCCCCCGGCUGCCGGUGACCCUCCGGCCUGGCAGGGGCAGGGGAAUGCUGUCCUUGGUGCAGAGGGGUGAUUUUUUUAAAAGUGUGUUACCUGUUUGCACUGUUUUAAAAUAGGAGGGGGGGGGGGGAACAAAAACAAAACCAACCUAGUGAACAAGAUGAACAUCCAAUGUAAACUUCUUUGUGUUUUUAUUUUGUCAUGCUCUUGGAAAAUGUCAAACAUUUUGUAGUAUACACCAGUGAGACUUGAUUCUUUGUUGCAUAAAACACUAUUUUUGGUGAUGUUAAUGUCUGAAAAGCCCCUUCCCCCUAUCCCCACCUUACUGAUUGCCCUCUCCGCCCUCCAACCCCCGGUAAACUUCUCUUCUACAAUGAAAACUCCAGUCAACAAGGCAAGCAGGAGUCUGAUAGCCAGAGCGUGAAAUGGGGCCCUUUUCAAGCAGGCUCUGGGGUUCUCCCCGGCGUGCUUUGCUCUAGCCAGGAGUUGGCAGGAUAGCCCCCGUCCCUCUGCAGCGACGGCAGCCUGCGUGGGAUUUGGGAUGUCCCGAGUCCCGUCUCCGUUGCCGCUGCUAACCCUGGAAGGCAACUUCUUGCUGGUGGUUGAAAGCGCCGGCAGCGGUCGUCCUCUCUGGGCGGUGGGCUGCGCCUGGUCCGGGCUUGGGCAGGAGACCGGCUUCCCACGCUGCCUCUCGACUCGUGGUAUAGAGCAAGAACGCAUCAGCCAAAAAUCUUGCCUGAUUUCGCCAGGAGAUUGCUGGUGUCUAAAGCCGUCCACCCGAAUAGUCAUUUGGCUGGCAGUCAGCAGAAUGCCGGUUAAUCUUAGGAAUGGUUUUUCUUUUUUUUUUUUUUUUUUUUUUUUUUUUUUUUUUUUGUUCUGAAGUGGGUCAAUAAAUCUCUUGCCAGAUUCCCAAUUCUCUGCUGGUGGAGGAGCUUGUUGCUUCCUCAAGGAGUGAAUUCCUUACAGAAAUCAGGCCUCCCACAUUAGUAGUCUCAGUUUUGGUCAUGGGUUUUUUUGUUUGUUUGUUCUUUUUUUUCCUGUUCACAGUUUUUUGUGUGUGCACGUGUUGUAGUUUUGGCAGCUUGAUUUGGCUGCGUUAUCAAGUGACGAAAUAAUCCUCUUUUACCCCAGGGGAUAUGAUUUGGUUUUGGUUUUUUUUUUUUCCUUUUUUUCCUUUUUUUUUGUUUUUUUGUUUUUUGUUUGGUUUUGGUUUUUUUUAAUAUGUAUAUGAUAAAUCCUGCUUGUAAAUAGCUGGAGCUAAAACCUGGGGCUGAUAGCAAAUUGAGAGCCAGGGCUGUAGAGCGAUACGGAGCUGGUGGAGUAUUUUACUGACCUCACAGGCUGAUCUACUUGAGACUUGGAGAUUUUCAGUGCGAGGCUGAGAUGCCGCAGCACCUCCAACGGCAGCGACGGACUUGCCCCUUCACGCGGUCUCCCCAGCACCUCCCAUUGCCAGGUACCGCCGGGGAACAGGACGCGUCCCCAGUGGGAUGCGUUCCCUUCCCCUGGAUCAUUUCCUAGGACGCCCGAGCCGCUUGCCCAGGGUCCCAUUUCCCUGCUGACUCUGGAGAAGCAGUAUCUGCAUCCCAGGGCUUUGUGACAGCCUCUAACUUCCCGCCCUCCCUCGUUAAGUAUCAUAUUGUAUAGUAGCUUUCAGACCAUACAGUAUUCAUUGGGUUAUUCCUAUUAUUAUCAAGUAGCUGGAAUUGUGAAGGUCGGAGUAGUUAGAUCUUUAGCUUUUAUUCCUUUUUUUUGUAUUACUAUCCAUGUGUAUAAAUUAUUGAUCAUGUUGCUGGCUUUUAUAAACUCUAAGCAAGGGGGGAACCCUUCCUAACCCUUUGCAAAUGGUAAUGAAGCACUGUUUUUAAAUAAAAGAGAGAAACACCA